GGACAGAGUCUCCAGUGAGUGCUUGCCUGCUGGCCACAUACCCAGCUGAUAUGGGAACCACUGGGGCCACACAACUGUUCUGGGCAAUCCUGGGCUUGCUCCUGCUUCAAGGUCACAACUCCCAACCUACAACAACCCAGACCUCUCAAGGAGUCUUCAACAGUCUCCGACUGACCAUAGAGGCAACUUUGCCUAACACAGGAAACCAAUCUUCUUCAGAACCUGGUAGCCCAAAGAUUCUGUCCAGUACCAGUGCCCCAGGCGUUCCACAGGAGGCCUCUUGGAGCUCCCCAGUGUCCCCUAAGCCUGUAGUGCUGAGGUCAAGCACUGUGGAUGGUCAUUCCCCGCCUUUGCUGGGCCUGACUCAGCCUCAGACACAGAAGCUCACAUCAGGACUUGAAACAUCUCAAAAUGCUACUCCCAGUUCAAUCACCAUGAGCCUGAGGACAAGGGGAAAUUUGACCAUUGUGCCCAGUCCCACGUCAGAGACGGUGCUCACUGUGGCUGCCUUUGGUGUCAUCAGCUUCAUUGUCAUCCUGGUGGUUGUGGUGAUUGUCCUAGUUGGUGUGGUCAGUCUCAGGUUUAAGUGCCGGAAGAAUAAGGAGCCUGAAGAUCCUCAAAAACCAGGAAACUCAGGGGUAUCUGAAAGCUGUUCCACAGCCAACGGUGAGAAAGACAGCAUCACUCUCAUCUCCGUGAAAAACAUCAACAUGAAUAACAGCAAAGGCUGCCCCUCAGCAGAGAAGGUUCUUUAAAAGUGACUGUGGGUCUUGGCGAGUCCAAGGAUGUUGCAGCUGUUCCAAGACAAAGAAAGAAGAGGUGACAUUGGUAGAGGCAACAAACCACAUAGAAAUUAUUUUGUGUCAUGUUUGCUCCCCGUUCUAAAGGAUCCUGGAGCUCCUCUAGAUUUGGGAGUAAGCUACCCAUAUGAGAGACUCCUGCUCAUGUGGAAGCCACUCUAGAAAUCUGACCUCAGAACCACAGAAAUGAGUUGAUACAGCAAGAGCAAGGAAGAUGAUGAGAUGGACUGACCCUUUCUACUUGCAUUAAAAUUAUGUUCUGGC